AUGACAACGGGGCUCACUCAAGACCUUCAAGACAGCAACGCGUAUACGUUCAACAUCACUAUGGAAUAUAUUCGCGGUCUCUCACAUGCCAAGUUGGCUCAUUCCAAUCAGGAUCUACGCAAAAGUGUCUUGAUCACCAAUACGUUGCAGAAUGUCCACACGAUCAACAAGAUCGAGGUUGACGGUGUGCUUGAACAAGAAUGGUUGAAUACGUGUCUCGAUGAGCUCCAUAUUCAUGACAACGACGUUCAUCACCAGGAACAAAUGGAAGCAGAACCUCUUCCUCCUUCACUGGAUACUCGUCAAGAUCAGCAUGCUACUACGACAGGUUGGCUGCAUGAUUGUUAUCGCCGACCCGACCACCACCCUUAUUUUGCUACGCCGACUGCUGCUGUCAAAAACACGACCACUACCACCACCAGCACUACCAGCCAGUUGACCCAUUUCUGUAAGCCUGGUAUGUCAACUUGA